AUGGCGGAAUCUCUUAACCCUCCCCUCUCUUAUGAGGCCUCAGCCACGACUACUCAUCCUCAUGAGGCAACUUCCCUGCCCUCCGAGGUCGUGACCUGCUUGAAGAACUCCCGCUUCCUGCAUCUAGCAACAUGUGAUAACCUCACCCCGCACAUCUCUCUCAUGUCCUACACCUAUCUCCCGUCGACUCCCUACGACCCCUACCCGACCAUCAUCAUGACUACCAACCCCGCGUCCCGCAAGACCAACCACCUCCUAUCCAACCCACGCGUCUCGCUCCUGGUUCACGACUGGGUGUCCCAUCGGCCCCCUACCCGGGCUCCCAAUGCCCAGGGAGAACGGGAAGGCUCUCCUCCCCCCGCGGCCACCCGCUCCUCGCUCGCCAGCCUCCUGCUCAACCUGAACACCAGUGCUUUGUCCAGCAUCUCGACCACGAUUACCGGUCAGGCACGCUUCCUUGAGCCGGGCUCCGAGGAGGAGUCUUGGUGCAAGGAGCGUCACUUGGAGAACAACACCUUCGAGGAAGAGGAGAUCAACCUCUUUGGGCAGCAACAGCGGAAUGAUCCCAGUGCCCGCCGCCCGAGUAUGUCCAUUGAUGGCGAUGUACGGGUAGUUACGGUGCAAGUGCGUGAGGGCCGCAUUGCGGAUUGGAAGGGUGGAGUCCGUGACUGGGUUUUGCUGCCUCAGGAUGCGCAGGCUGGUCUGGUCAAUGGCGUAUAG